AUGCAAGAAGAAUACUUUAAUGAACAACAUCAAAUAGUUGAACUUUAUUUUCUUCUUGUUGCCAAAUACAAUUCAUCGAUUAUCAAUUAUAAGAAGUUUCUUUUGUCUAUCUUUAUAGCCAAUUUUAAACAUAAAAAUAAUUUAAAUGAUUUAGAUAUUUAUUUAGAGAUUAAAAAAACUAAUCCCAAAUUCGAAAUUGAAGCCAAAUAUCAUAUUGCAUUGUAUUAUAAAAAGCAAAAAAAAUACAAAGAAGCACUAGACAUUGCCAAAGAAAUUCCUGAUAACUACAGAAAUAUAAAAAUUAUUAUGGCUUAUUGCAAUAAGGAAAUUGGUUAUGACGAAUUUGCUUUUAAACUCUAUGAAGAAAUUACAAAUAAACAAAUAGAAGAUUUAAAGAAAGAAGAAAAGUUUAAUAAAGUAGAACAAGAUCUUAGAGUGACAAAAGAUAGGUUUAAAAAUGAUCUUGAAAUUUGGAAAUAUAUUAAAAAUGAACAUGAAGGCUUAUCUGAGAUUGCGGAUAAAAAAAUCAAUAAAUACAAUCAUA